AUUAAAUGGCUUUGAAAGAAGGAACCGUAAGAACACAAAGUUAGGACUGGUUCAGACGCCUACCUGACCCCUCCCGACAUUUGUGCCUCUCUCAUUUAUAUUUCAUAUAUAAUUCUUUCACCAAAACCACAUCAAAACACAACACAAACGAGGCAAGUGAACCCCCUACCACUUGGUUAUUAAUACACUACUGCUCACUCUUCAAUCGUCAAACUUCAAACCCUGUAUCUCUUCAUCUGUCCUAAUAACCCCACCAAAACGCCAACUCUUCCCAGUUUCCUCUUAGAAUUCUUACUUUCUCUCCUUUUAACAUAAAAUCCCCCUCCCCCCACUCUGUAGACCAAACCCUUUUCAGCUUCUUAGCUGUAUCUCCUCCCAAAAAUUAAGACAAGUACAACUCGUUCUUAUAUAAUUCCCUUUUAUUUAUCAACUACAAAGCCAGACUUCUCCUUCAGAUCCUCACCCAGACAAAGUCAAAGAAGAGAAAGAUGAACAGUACUUUUGAUUCUCAAAGACAAGACUCCUUGAAAAGGAGAUGGCAAGACAGAAGAUCCCCCAACAUCAACACCUCCAGAUUUGUUGGUACUGUUGCUGCUCCAAUCCCACCUCACUCUUCUGCACCCUUAAUCUUGUCUAACCCUAAUAACAGCACCAAACUCAUCCAGCGUUUCCCUGGUCUUGAUGAUGAGGAUCUUCUUUCCAGCGUCGUGCCCCCAGUGACCGUGGUGCUUGAAGGCCGUUCGAUCUGUCAGCGCAUCAGUCUCCAUAAGCAUGCAAGCUACCAUAGCCUUGCGAAGGCUCUCAGGCAAAUGUUUGUGGAGGGAAACGAUGAUGGAGCCUCCUCGGAGAAUGACGUUGAUCUUUCCAAUGCUGUUCCUGGUCACAUCAUUGCCUAUGAAGACAUGGAAAACGAUCUUCUUCUCGCUGGUGACCUCAAUUGGAAUGAUUUUGCACGUGUGGCAAAGAGAAUUAGGAUACUGCCAGCGAAGGGGAAGGGAAGAGGAGGGGCGUAGUUGGUUGGGUUUUGGCAUGUUUUGACAAGGAGCACAUGCUGUAUUUGCGAAGGAAGAAGUUAUAUAAGUGAAAAUAUAAUGAAAUUAAGCCCAUUUGCAAUAGGAUUUUGAAAUAUCCGAGUCCU